GGAGGAGAAAGUGAAAUGGGAGGAGAGCAGGAGAAACCUCCGCCUGGCCGGUGAGGGAGGGAGGGAUAUGAUUGUGCGUGUUCUGGACGAGAGAGGAGAGUGAUCGUAAUCAAGGCAAAAGUCCGGCUUGCAGCGGGAGCGCACUCUAAUCACGUGGGGUUUGGAUUUGUAAAGGAGAGAAAAAAGUAAAAGUGUCGACGAAGUGACUUCUGGUUGUACUUUGUAUUUUCUUUCCUCUCUGUGCCUUUCCACCUCCCCCUCCGCCCUGCAUUCCGCGGAGCAGCUGUGUUUUAAUGCCCCUGCGCACCCGUGGAGGAGAGGAAGGAGAGAAGAGUGAAGAAGAAGGGGCAGAAGAAGUAGUGAGAAGGCCUGGACACCACCCGUCCUCGCCCUCUGGAGGUCUGUCCACUCUCCCCUCCUGGCCCUGCAUGGACGGGGAUGGGGAGAGCCGGAUGCUGUUGCCGCGGGGCUGAGCGCCUCACCUCCCCGUCUAUGGUGCGCCGCUUCCGGCCGCUUCUACUGCUGAUCAUCGCUCUGUGCUGCGGUGCUCACAUAGGUCAGUGCCAGGUGGCCACACCUCAGUGUCGUAUCCAGAAGUGCACCACCGACUUUGUCUCCCUGACCUCCCACCUGAACCCUGCGGUGGAUGGCUUUCACACUGAAUUUUGCAAGGCUUUGCGUGCAUACUCGGCCUGCACUCAGAGGACAGCAAAGGCCUGCCGUGGAAACCUGGUCUUCCACUCGGCUGUUCUGGGCAUCUCAGACCUAAUGAGCCAGAGAAACUGCUCCAGAGACGGCCCCACUUCUCCCACACACCCCGAGAUUCCCUUUGAGCCAUGCAACUAUCACAGCCGCACUCAGCACGCCCACACGCAAUCCCAUGCACACGCUCACUCACACUCACACACUCACAGCCACAGCCACAGCCACUCUCGGGCUGAGUACCUGUUUUGUGGGCUCUUUGGUGACCCCCACCUGAGGACAUUCAAGGACAGCUUCCAGACUUGUAAAGUGGAGGGAGCAUGGCCUCUUAUUGAUAACGACUACCUUUCAGUGCAGGUCACUAAUGUUCCUGUGGUUCCUGGCUCCAGUGCAACAGCAACCAAUAAGGUAAGGAACCAGAAACUGGCUUUUGGGCUCUUAUUUUUCCAUUUUUGAAGCUGAAACACUCUUACGAGUGCAAGCAGGG